UUUAUACUCGUUCUGAAAAUUAAAACUAGGGUUUCAUAUCAGCUUCUGUAUCUGCCCUUUGUUUAUCUCAAUUAUCAAACUGCCUCAGCCUUCAUUGUAACUUGCUCUAGAUUUGUUUGUUUAUCAAUUGUUUGGUUUUCUCAAUGUCUCACACCAGCAACAAUGUCGUUGGGGUUGACAACACGUUCAGAAGGAAAUUCGAUCGAGAAGAGUAUCUGGAACGAGCCCGGGAGCGCGAGAGGCAGGAGGAGGAUAAUCGAUCGAAACCUAAAGUUAAAGGUCCUCCCGUGCAGAGGAAGCCAUUGAAACAUAGAGAUUAUGAAGUGGACCUUGAAUCCCGCUUGGGCAAGACUCAGGUUGUUACGCCGGUUGCACCACUAAGUCAGCAGGCUGGAUACUACUGCUCCGUUUGUGAGUGCGUGGUAAAAGACUCUGCAAACUAUUUGGAUCAUAUUAAUGGGAAGAAACAUCAAAGAGCUUUGGGCAUGUCUAUGCGAGUUGAACGUGCUUCUCUUAAACAGGUUCAGGAACGAUUUGAAGUUCUUAAGAAACGAAAAGAUCUUGGCAGUUUCACAGAGCAAGAUCUUGAUGAGCGGAUUUUAAAACAGCAGCAAGAAGAGGAAGAAAGAAAACGACUACGUCGAGAAAAGAAAAAAGAAAAGAAGGAGAAGGCGGUGGAAGAACCAGAAAUAGAUCCUGAUGUUGCUGCUAUGAUGGGGUUUGGAGGUUUCCGGUCAUCCAAGAAAUGAUAACAUUCUGCAUGCGGGAUGAACUGUAUGAAAUUUUGAGCAAUUGCUCUGCAAUGCUAAGCUGAAUCUGAUAUCUACCAGCCUGAUUUUGGGUGGCUAAACGAUGAAUCUAUAGUGAAAAGUUAAAUUGCGGCGGGCACAGUAGUUUGCGUGCUGGUCCUUAGCGUAGCCUUAUUCAAUCAUGUGAUUCGGUUGAAUAUUGUACAUUUCUUCUGAUAGCUAACCUGGUGUAUUAUACGAGCUUCAUACUUGUGUUCUCUACUUUUCUUUUAGUGGGAAGUGAUAACUUGAGCGUAACUAAUGGAAAUCAAUUAUGAACAUUCUGAUACAAUUCUAU